AUGGAGCUGCAGGAGAGGGCGGAGCUCCAAUGGGAGGUGUGUCGUCUGCAGGAGAAGCUGGCAGAGAGUCAGGCGGAGAGGGAGGAGCUGGAGUCGAGGAGCAGAGCUCUGAACGACAGGGCAGAGCAGAGGGAGUGGAGGAGGCGGGCGAGCGAGGGGAGAGAGAGGGAGGCCAGACAGGCCCUGCUCAUCCACCGGCUGCAGAACAAGCAGAGGAUCAGAGAUGAACACAGUGACUCUCUGGAGAGCGCCCUCAUCAGGCUCGAGGAGGAACAGCAGAGGUCACUCGGUCUGGUUGAGACCAACGCUCUCUUGCGGGAGCAGCUCGGCCAAUCAGAGCAGGCCAACCAGUCCCUGAGGCAGGACCUCAAGAAGCUGACAGAUGAUUGGUCGAGAGCUGUGGAAGAGGCGGGGCAGAGAGAGGACCUGUGGCAGCUGAGGACGGAGUUCUCUCGUCUCUCGUCGUCUCUUCUGUCCAGCUACUCCUCGGCCUCUGAGCCUCCUCUCGCCUCCUCCUGUUCUCUGGGAACCUUCGUGUUGGCGGAGUUGGAGCAGAGGAGGGAGGAGCCGCAGCGCCCCCUGCAGGAGACUGAAGUGUCCCAGCUGAAGGAGUGGAUUGUGGAGCUCUCUCACUCGCUGCAGGAGGAGCACAGGUUGAGGGGGGAGAGAGAGAGAGAGGGGGACAGACACAGGGAGACAGAGAGAAGUCUGCAGUCCGUCGGUCGAGCUGUGGUCAGUCUGUCCAGAGUCCUGAGCAGCUGCAGUCGCUCUGUGUGUGUGUCCUCGGACAGCGUCCUCAGUCUGGACCUGUCCUCCCUGCUGUCUGUCCUGGCUCAGACAGAGAGCGCCCUCCUGGGGAGACACCAGGAACUGCAGGGGGCGGAGCUCUCUCUGCGGCGGCUCAGUGAGGAAAACACAACCCUGCACCUCCGACUGAAACAGCUGGAAGACGACAACCAGCAGCUACAGACACACACAAAACACACUCAGCUGGAGCUCACACACACUCUGGACACAAUGAACAGGGAGCGCCAGGCGUUGUCUACACUGCUUCUGCAGGUGGAGGAGGUGCAGAAGAGGGAGGAGGAGUUGAGGAGGGAGAACAUCAGACUGAAGAGUGAGAGAGACAGACAGGAGGAGAGGAGCAGACGCCUGGAAACAGAAACACACAGACGAGUCCAGGCGGAGUCGUUGGAGAACGUUCAGCUGACGGAGAGAGACUCUCUUCAGCAGAUGGAGAUUCACGCUCUGAAGGGGGCGCUGGAGAGAGAGCAGCUGGACCGACAGAGAGCAGAGGAAGAGGCUGCAGACGCUAGAGACGCUCUGCAGAAGUCCAGGGAGUGUGUUGUGCGUCUGUCGUCCCUCGAGUGUGCGUUGAAGAGGGAGGUGGAAGAGGGACGUGGCGCCCUGGACAAGAUGGCCGCCCUGAACUCGGCCUUGACCUCAGAGAAGCAAGAGCUGAUCAAACA